AUGGCAGAACGCGACUCACCGCGCAUCGAGGAGACCGACGUCGACGAGGAGCUGCAGCGUAUGCAGGCCGAGUUGGCCAAGUUUGAGGAUGAGAAGAGUCAGCUCGAGAAGGGAGAGAAGGAGGACAAGGACGACGAGGAGAUGGAGGACGAGUCUCCCGCCGCCGUCGACGCGCGUAGCGUGUAUAUCGGAAACGUUGAUUAUGGCGCGACCCCAGAGGAAAUCCAGGCGCAUUUCCAGGCGUGUGGGACUAUUAAUCGGGUUACGAUCCUGUGCGAUAAGUUUACGGGCCAUCCCAAGGGCUUCGCCUACGUCGAGUUCGCCGACCCCACGAUCGUGCAGAACGCGCUCGUGCUCAACGAGUCGUCGUUCCGCGGCCGCAUCAUCAGCGUCAAGGAGAAGCGCACCAACGUCCCGGGCAUGGGUGCUCGUGGGCGGGGUCGUGGUCGGGCACGGGGCCGCGGGUUCCGUGGCCGCGGAAGGGGAGGUCGUGGUCGUGGGCAGUGGUAG